AUUAUUGUUAUUUAAAAACAAGAAAGAUUUUCUUUUUUUGAACAGCAACAGCAAGUCUUCCUUAUAAUUAAUUAGUCACACACUAGUACUACUGUGAAGUUUCCUUACUAUACUUUUUCUGUUUUCAUUCACACAUCUCCAUAUAUAUAAAAUCGGCCUCACCCAAGUGUUUUCUCCUUAACAAUCUUUUUCUUUCCCCCAUUAUAUAUAUAAUCAUUAUCCCAUUUUGAAUUAAUAAGAGAGCCACAAGAUGAAGCAAAAGAUUGUGAUGAAGGUGCAAAUGAAUUGUAAGAAAUGCCAGACCAAGGCACUCAAGGCUGCGGCUACCCAAGAAGGUGUAAACUUCGUGGGAUUAGAAGGAGGAGAUGCGAAAGACAAAGUUGUGGUGAUUGGGGAUGGCGUUGAUGCAAUUGACUUGGCCAAGACCUUGAAGAAGAAGUUGGGGGAAGCCCACAUCAUUAGUGUAGCAGCUAUAAAUAAAUAAUAAAUCGAUAGCAGAUAAUUAUUAUUAAUCACAGAUACAUAUACAUAUAUAUUCUAUAUAAAAAGCUCCUAGUGUACACUAAUUAGUACUUAGUACGGUAUGAAUCACGUCUUUCUCUUUUUUGGCUUGUGGAUAUACAUAGAGAUACUUAGAGUUUUUAUUAUGUAAUUUUUUUGGGCACUUUUUCAUUUACUGUCUUUUGGUUGGUCUUGUUGCAAUAAUUUUCAUUUACUAUUCUCCAAACCAUUGGGAAUGCUCUAAUAAUUAAUAAAGAGUACUUAAUUUGGUUAUUGUUA